UCACUCCUCAACACCACACACAUACACACACAAAACCCUAUAUAAUUAGCAUAAUCUCACUUUCAUUUGCACCAUUGAUUUAAUCGCAUGUAUGCACUAGCCAAGAACAGCGAGAGCAAGAAGAAGAAGAAGAUGGUGUCCAUGGCGGCGUCGAGCGUCCUCGUGGUGGUGAUGUUGGUGCUGUCGGUGGAGGCUCCGGUGGCGAACGGGCAGGCGGCCGCGCCGGCGCCGGCGCCGGCGGCGCCGAAGACGAUCACGGCGGUCCUGACCAAGGCCGGGCAGUUCACCAAGUUCCUGCAGCUGCUGAGCUCGACGCAGGCCGGGGAGCAGAUCAACAACCAGAUCAAGGGGAAGGCCUCCUCCGGCGGGCUCACCGUGUUCGCGCCGCCGGACAACGCGUUCACGGCGCUGCCCACCGGGACGCUCAACAAGCUCUCCGACCAGCAGAAGACGUCGCUGGUGCAGUUCCACGUCGUGUCCCAGCUGCUCCCCAUGGCGCAGUUCGACACGGUGAGCAACCCGCUCCGGACGCAGGCCGGCGAGACCGCCGCCGGCAAGUACCCGCUCAACGUCACGGCGGAGGGCUCCAGGGUGAACAUCUCCACCGGCGUCGUCAACGCCACCGUCGACAACACGCUCUACUCCGGCGACAGGCUCGUCGUCUACCAGGUCGACAAGGUGCUCCUGCCGUGGGCGCUCUACGGCCCGCCGGUGCCCGCGCCGGCUCCGUCGCCGGCCGACAAGGCCAAGAAGAAGGCCGGCCCCGUCGCGGUGGCGGACGCACCGACGGGAGACGCAGCCGCCGCGGGGACGACGACCACCACGACGGCGUCGGAGGCGGCGGCGCGGGGGACGGCGCGGCGCGGCUUGCUCGGCGUGGCCGUCGCCGUGGCGGUCGCGUGGUGUGGCAUGUGACGGUGAACGGCGGCGAACGUGGGAGCUGGACAUCGAUUGCCAAUUCACCAUGGGAUUUUUUUUUCUCUUCUUUUUUUUUUUUAAAAAAAAGAAGUUGUGGAGAGGUGUUAAAAUUGUUUUGUUCAUUUGUUUUUUUUUCUAUUCUUUUUGUAUGUAUGAUUUGGUAGGAUUUUGUUAUGUUUGUGUUCCCUGUUUGAUCUUUUAGAGUUUUUAUUUUUGUGUGUGUGUUUGUAAUAAGUUGUUUGUGGUUGUUAUUUGUAAUAACAAGUGCUUGUAUAUUGUGGUACUUCAUUGUCA